AUGGCGCUGCAAGUGGUUCUUGUCAUUUUGAGCCUCCUGCCACUGCUGGAGGCCCAGAACCCAGAACAUGCCAACAUCAUAGGCAAACCUAUUACCAAUGACACCUUGAGCUGGCUCUCUGGAAAAUGGUUUUACCUCGGCUCAGCUUUCCGCAACCUCGAGUACAAGCAGGAAAUUCAAAAGGUUCAGGCAGGAUAUUUUUACUUUACUCCCAACUUGACAGACGACACUAUACUGCUCCAAGAGUACCAGACCAAGGAGGACCGAUGUGUCUAUAACUCCAGCAAGCUGGGAGUCCAGAGAGAGAAUGGGACCAUCUCCAAGUAUGAGGGACUAGUGGAACACGUUGCCCACCUGAAAGUGUUCAUGAAACAUAAGGGCUUCUUUCUUACCUUUUUCCCAGAAGAUGAAAAGAACUGGGGACUGUCCUUCUACGCUAACAAGCCAGAUUUUGCUCCAGAGUUUUUUACAGUAUUCCAGGAAUCUGUCAAAGGUCUGGGCAUGAAUGAGUCAGAAAUCGUAUAUACUGACUGGAAAAAGGAUGUGUGCAGUCAACAGAAGAAACAGCCUGAGCCAGAGAAGAAGACAGAAUAG